AUUGUCAGAAGGGCAGCAUGAGACCCCUCUCUGCACGGAUCAUGCAAACAUGGGAAUAUUUGGAAAAGACAGUUUGACAGCUCUCUCACACAACAGAAACAUGUGGAGGACUCUAACACUAUCACUGGUUGUUGCAUUGGCAUUGGGCACAGAGGUGUCCCAGUCUGAGGAUGUGGCGACCAUCGUGAAUGGUUCGGAGGUGCAGCAGGACAAAUUCAGCGACAUUUCCACCGUACUGGGAAAUUCCCGACAUCAGAUCCUGGCUGCUCAGUUCGAGUGCUACCUGAAGAUAAUCCAUGACCCACCACGCACAGAAGAAGGCAGUUUCUGUAACCGGACGUGGGACGGCUGGCUGUGCUGGGGGGACUCCACUCAAGGGACCGUCAUGCAGAUGUGUCCGGAGUACUUCCUGGAUUUUGACCCUGCUGAGAAGGUUACCAAGGUGUGUAAUCCGGGAGGCCAGUGGUUCCACCACCCAGAGAGCAACAGAGUUUGGACCAACUACACCCAGUGUCAGGCCCACACCAAAGACAAACUCAAGUUUGCCAUCAGUCUGUACUACCUGGCCAUGGUGGGUCACGGCCUGUCCAUCGUCUCUCUGAUCAUCUGCCUCAUCAUCUUCUCCUACUUCAAGAGUCUGAGCUGCCAGAGAAUCUCCCUCCACAAGAGCAUGUUCCUCUCCUUCAUCCUGAACUCCAUCGUUACCAUCAUGUGGCUCUCGCUCACUGUGGCCAAUAACCAGGCCAUAACCGCCAGCAACCCUGUGAGCUGUAAGGUCCUGGCUGUCCUGACUCAGUAUACAUCCACCUCCAACUAUUUCUGGAUGUUGUGUGAGGGCAUCUACCUGCACACACUCAUCAUAGUGGCCGUCUUCGUAGGGGAACAGCAGCUCUUCUGGUACUACGUCCUGGGAUGGGGUUUCCCGAUCAUUCCUGCCGUCACAUACGCUGUGGCUCGCGGUCUCUUCUUCAACGACAAGUGUUGGAUCAGCUCACACACACACCUGCUCUAUAUCAUCCAUGGGCCCAUUCAGGCUGCACUACUAGUGAACUUUUUCUUUCUCCUGAACAUCGUACGUGUUUUAAUCACCAAGUUGAAGGAGACCCACUGCGCUGAGUCCACAGCCUACAUGAAGGCGGUGAGAGCCACGCUCAUCCUCAUCCCUCUGCUGGGAGUCCAGUACAUCCUGUUACCAUGGAGACCCGAGGGACGCAUCAGCCGGGCCAUCUAUGACUUCUUUGUCAAUAUCUUCUGCCACUUCCAGGGACUCCUGGUGGCAAUUAUAUUCUGUUUCUGCAAUACUGAGGCCCAGACAGCGCUGCGGAGGAAGUGGCAUCAGUGGAAGUCUGCCUGGGGUAAAACCGGCUGGGGAGACACGACCAUGAGCCACAACCACUUCAACCACCACAACAACUCCUCCUUCACCGAAACCAGCCGCGCCACCAUCAACUUGGAGGACGCUGCGAAUUCGAAACGAGACGAAAACAGCCACUUCCUGUCCCUGGAGCAGGAGAAAGCCAACGGGCAGCAGAAGACAAGCAGCAACGGAGAGGCGGACAUGCUCAACAAGUUGGAGACCACCGACAUCUGACCGGAGAAAGGUUGUGGUGGUGCCAAACACAAACACACAGUCAAAAAAGAUAAAGGACUUAGAAAAAACAGAGAGGUCGUGGGUGUAUUUUCAAAAUAAAGGUUAACUGAUUGGGAAAUUAUCAGUAAAGCACUUAAAAAAAGCGUGUGAUGUUCACAAACACAUAUUUUGUAUAACUCCAGUUUAUGGACACUAAUGAGCUGAUCAGAAACAAAUAUAUUUAUAUCACGGUUUCACCCUGUAAUCUUAGCAUAGUAUACGUUUUUGCAUAGGCUACAUGUUUUGUUCUGUGGCUGGGAUAAAGUCCACUUAUGUAUUUGAUUUAUUGUUGAACGUAUUUCCUCUUAAAUUUCAAAUCCAAAAACUGCCAUUUUGAAAUGACAAAUGCAUUAAUGUUUGUGUUGCAUUGCAGUAUGGAGCUAUUGAAUGCUUUACCUGUGAACCACCGAGACCAAUGAAUGUCAUGGCCAACCAAUAUGAUAUGUUCCUUUACAUGCUUUACCUAGAAAAUAUAAUCUAAUCAUUACUGGACUGCGUCAAAAAGGCCAGCAUUCCCAAUUAACCUGUCCUUUAGAAAAAAUAUACCACACACACUAGAGUUUUUGUGUUGAUUAAAUAUGAUUUGUAACCGAUAAUAAUAUAAGUUUAUCCACAAAUACAUGACUUCUCUUGGUAGAGCUUGCUGACUUAGAAAGGGUAAACACAGUAGGCUAAAUACCAGAUUCAGACUUGUUGACAUCUGUUUAACCAUAUAAACAUAUUGUAUAAUAUCUGCUUUAACACAGUAAUGGCUCCCUCUUUGUCACAGAAAAACAUUGAACAUGAUAAAUAAAAUAAGAGAGUUACAAGUUCUAAAGCUGGUUGAUGAAAUAGCCACCGCUAGCAUUAGCUAAAGCUAAAAUUGCAUUUACCAUAUUUUACUGAUAUUUCCAAGCUGUUAUCUGAAGCUAAAACAUGUCAAUUUUGUCAAACCCAGUUAUUCCAUAUAACUAAAUGAUACAGUAGUAAAUUCCAUUAAUGAUGGAGAAAACAUUUAUGCUAAUAUUAACUCUAACUGAGUUAAGCAAAAAUAGCGAUAGCUAUCAUCUCACCGUAGAACUCUGAUGGAAUUCAUGUUAUUUGUUGAAGUUAAGUUUUUUUUAAAUAAGGUUUUUAUUUUGAAAUGUAUUAAAUUGUAAAGAUAUUAAUUAUUUUGGUUUUAAUAUCAACAUUAAUUGGAGGAACUCAAACUGACAGACCAGCCCUUUCUCCUACAAAAUGAUGUUCCCAUAGACCCAAAAUGCAAUAUUAUUAUGAGGUAAACAUUGUUUCUCCUGCAUUACGGUUGCAGUUUUAAACACGUAGUUAAAGUUAACCAAAAAAAUAUGCAAAAAAACAACUUGGUUAGUUUUAGUAAAACAUCAUGGUUUAGCCUAAAAUAAGUAAUAAAGUAUUAUUCAUGUGCCAAAUUAAAACUGUUCUUUUAUGGCUGAUAAACAGACUCCAUCUGAACACUGAACAUAGCUACUAAGAUGAAAGGGCUUCUGACUUUCAUGGUUUUUAUACAAAUCUCUAUUAAAUCUCUCCACAGUAUAACAUAUUGGCUACAUGACAGCUCAACUUGUAUAAAGCCUUUCUCUUUAUACAUCCGUAGUGUGUAGCUCAUUUUGCGCCUCCUUUUAUCCCAACUGAUUUACUUCCUGGAACUAAAGGAUGUGCUGAACAUUUUUGAUUAAAACUCUCCUAAUUCAAACUAGGAGAAAGCUUUAAGUGCAAGAUAAUUACCAGUGUAGAGAUAAUAGAGCUCUUAAGUGCUGCAAUAAUUGCUCCAAUUUUACUCCUUCACUUAGUUCACUAACAACAUAAGGUUUUGGGGGAUUUUGGCCAAAAAGUAGAGCACAUACAAAAGAUUUAGAAACACUAUGAUGUGUGAAAUAUUGUUUGCGAGCAGUGUGUUCACAUUUGCUUUUUCAGGCAGUCCCUCCAACUUUAGUUUCUUAUUUAAUUUCCAACAAUCUUCACUUCUAUUAAAUGUUUUUUUCAUGAUGGUAAAUCGUAAUGUGAGAUAGAGCUUUAAUAUUCUGCCUUUUUAUGUUAAAAACAAAGAUGAGACAGAGCUACACAUCUAAAAUACCUUUUAAAAAUGUUUCAAAUCUACAUUUUGCAGACAGAAUACUGUGCCAAAUUAGUAAUACAAUUAAUUGUUCAGAACAUUUGGUUUUCUUAAUGCUUUGUCAUGUUUGAUAUUACUAUUUUGGCUGUUAAAUGAGUCUGUUUCACUAUUUCUAAUUAUUGUUACAAUAUUAUUUUUUGCAAAUACAAUUCACUGCCACUUAAAAAAUAGAUAUAAUUUCAUAGUUUUUUCAUCACACAUGUACCGUGCUGUAUGUACACUAGCAGGCUACAGUACCAGAGCCUUUUCAGUUUCCACUGGAAUACUGGGCAAGUCUUAUUUUUGGCUGUAUGCUUGUAGCAAAUGCAUCCACAUGUCACAAAAGACUUUCGGGAAACAAUUGUUCCAGUGUGGUCACAAAGAGCUACACUCAUGCAUGGGAAAACAAUUGUGGUAAGAAAACAGCUGAGUAUGAGAGAAGACUCUUUAAAAAAAAAAAAGAAGGCAUACACUGUACACUUUAUGUGGCCCCGAAGGCAAACAUCUGUUAUGGACAUAUUUGUAAAGAAUUUGAAAAAAACAUUCCAAUAAAACAAAAGUAAUGUUCAAUUCAAGCAUAUUACUGUAUAUAUAUUUUUAACUCUGCCAUUUAUGUGUGGAAAUAAAAUUGUUUGAACAUAAA